GAAUCCCAAGAAACCGACCAGGAAAUCUCAUCUUCUCCGUCACUCCCUCUUUAUAAAGACCAGACACUCCACCGCUCUUUCAGCUUCUGUACUGCUGCGGCAAUCUCAAAUUUCAAUCCACACGUAGAAAGUCAUUCUGUUUCUUAAAAAGCUCGCUUUCAAUUCAAGUGCCCCGUUCUCUCUUCACUCUACUUCUUCGAUUUCAAUAAGAAAGAUGGGUUUGGUCUUUGGGAAAAUCACUGUGGAAACACCGAAAUUUGAAGUUCUCCAAUCCUCCACAGACUAUGAAAUUCGGAAGUACUCUUCCUCAGUGGUGGCAGAAGUGACUUACGACCCGUCGGAAUUUCGAGGGAACCCUGACGGCGGCUUCACUGUUUUAGCCAACUACAUUGGCGCUUUGGGCAAACCACAGAACACAAAGCCUGAAAAGAUUGCAAUGACAGCUCCCGUUAUAACCCAAACUUCGGAAACCACUGCUGAGAAGAUUGCCAUGACAGCACCGGUCGUCACCAAGAACGGUGGAGACGGUGAAAAGAAGAUGGUGGCGAUGCAAUUCGUGUUGCCGUCCAAGUACACCAAGGCAGAGGAGGCUCCGAAGCCAACUGACGAGAGGGUGGUGAUCAAGGAGGAAGGGGAGAGGAAGUACGGGGUGGUGAAGUUUUCAGGAAUGGCAACAGAUAAGGUGGUGGAGGAGAAAGUGGAGAAGCUAAAGCAAAGCUUGGAGAGAGAUGGGUAUAAGAUUACAGGGAAGUUCUUGCUAGCAAGGUAUAAUCCACCUUGGACUUUGCCUCCUUUGAGGAGAAAUGAGGUGAUGAUUCCUAUUGAGUAGUGAGUUUGGUCCAGGCUCACUCCUUAUCUUUGUAAAGUGUGAGUUUUGGGUUUUGCUUCUCUAGAGGUUGUCUGUGUAAUCAGAUCAGGAAAAAAAUCAUUAAACCUUUUUAGAUCUUGUGACAUGAUUGAAAAACUGAUUGUAUGGCAGAAAUAGGUUUCUGUCUCUUAAACAGAAAGAUUUAUUUGUUUCCCUAUAUGUGUCACAAGGACUUCAAUGUGAGUCAGUUCCACUCAGGAUUAAAAUUUGUAA